GAAAAAGUCGAGAUUAAGUUGAAAUUUUCAGAAACUGCGUCUAAGAGUUAUCUGUCUUUCAACUAUUUUUAUGAACAAAACCAGAGAGACGGUGUAAUAGUCCCUGUUAUCAGAAAACCCGUUUGAUAUCGCACAUCUCAUUUUUCCCACCUUUGAAAUGAUAUAAAUCAUGAAAUAAAAACGGAAAUAGCGACUCAUUGAUUAGCGAAAAAAAUCGGUAAGUCCUGAGGGAUUUAGUGAUAAUGAAGUGUUGGCGUCUAUUCGUGGCUCGGAGUUUAUCUGGAGCAUCUGCAUUUUUUUUCAAUGUAGGGAAAAUGAGUGGUGUGAUAUGACGUGAAUACAAUAACAUUUGCUAAACUUUUUGUGAAAAUUCAACGGCGGAGGAUCGCGUGAGAUUUAUACAUGACAUCGAGUCAGAUCGACAGCAAUUUUUAUCCCAAAGAGGAUGAAAUUCUCGACGAAUCACGACAGGUCACCAACGGUGACAAUGCGGAUUUGGAUUAUUGGAAGGAAAAACACAUGGUGGGAUUACCGAUGUUCUCUGGGGAAGAAGACAUGGAGUGCACCAUGGCCAAGGGACCACAGGAUUUCAACUCAACCCUAUCGAUAACCGCUCCCUCGCAGAUUGUGGAGGUAUUAUUGGUAUUUCCACGGGAAGAUCGACAGCUCGAGGUGCUCGGGGCAGUUUCUCGAAAACUUGGAUGGAGUGUUGAAGUCGUAAAGACUGGAGAAAAAGCUGUUGAAGUUUUCCAAAAUCGAUCCCACGAUCUCGUGAUCGUCGAUAGAAGAGGGCAUCGGGCUAAUGAGGCAGAUGCCAUUUGUCGAGCCAUAAGAGCAACAAAUUGCCAUCACAGCAGUGUUAUUUUAGCAUUAGUUAAAAAGUCCUUUUUCACGGCAGCUGAUAAGGAUGAAAUAGUGACCUUGGAUUUGCUGAACACGGGGUACAGUCGAGCAACGAUGGAAUGUACACACGAAAUACUCCUGGGGAAUCAAUUGAUCGGGAUCUAUGCCAGUGAAAUACAGCCUAGGAUGCAGCUCGCUGCAGCACAUGCACUCUAUGUUGCUGUUGACCGAUGCCGAGAUAUGGUCCACGUCACUGAUGACCAGCACAUAGUCAGGUUUGUGAAUAAGGCCAGUGAAAGGUUGCUGGGAUACAAGUACGAAGAAAUGCUCGGUCGAAAUCUGUCGGAGAUAAUAACAUGUGAGAAUUUUGCACUCAUGGACCAGCAAUUGCAGCGCGGACGGGAAUUCGAGGGUAACAUGAAUUGUCGGAGAAAGUUCAAUGACACUAUCACCAUCAACUGUCGAAUUAUCCCAUUCUGCGCUACGGGAAAAAAACCGUCGCAUUAUGUGUACGUCCACGACACGAUGUACCUGUUGGAGAACAUGGGACUAGCUGGAAUAACACUUGGUCAUCCACGUGUGAGCCUGAUUUCGCUGCGUAGGGGCUCAUACGACCUGAAAUCCACCGGCAGUGAUAUCGGAACGCAGAGACGCUCGAGCCUCCAAAAACUCAAUAAUCUACCUCUUGAAGCCCCGAUCACGAAGGUAAUGCUAUUACUUACAAACGCCAUGACAGAAAUUUCCGGGACGAGUCCCGAUUUAGCUAUGCAAAUCGACAAGGCAAUCGAAACCUUGAAGACAACAGAAUUAUACAGACCUUAUCUCAAAGAGGACACCAAGAUUUACAACGAUCCCGUGGCUUCGGAUCUCGUUGAGGCACUUUUAUCAAAAAAUUGUCACUACAUAAGAGACUCGAGAAGAUCUUCAAACGACUCAACUCGCAGUACCCAAAUACGAAUAACGCCUCCGACAACAAGACUGCAAUUGAAAAAUCCUCAAGGACCGAAAGAAAUCGAAGAACUCCUGGAUCACAGUUUAGACUGGGACUUUGACAUCUUCACCCUGGAAGUGCUGUCAGAGCGCAAACCUCUUGUCCAUCUGGGGAUGAAUCUGAUGGGUCGUUACAACGUCCCGGCACGUCUCAGCUGUGACGAGAAGACUCUACAAAAUUGGCUGACUGUGAUAGAGUACAAGUAUCACCUCAACAAUAGUUAUCACAAUUCAACGCAUGCAGCGGAUGUCCUCCAGGCAACAGCUAGAUUCAUGCAAUCUGAUCGAUUGCAGAUGAUCCUCGAACCGAUGGACGAAGUCGCUGCAUUGAUCGCAGCUGCGGCUCAUGAUAUCGAUCAUCCUGGCAGGUCAAGUCAAUUCUUAUGCAACGCUGAUAACAAAUUAGCGAUAUUAUACAACGAUCUGUCAGUACUUGAGUCUCAUCACGCAGCACUCACGUUCAAACUCACAUUAGCUGAUGACAGCGUUAAUAUAUUUAAGAAUUUGGAGAGGGAGACGUAUAAACUCAUCAGACAGAAUGUCGUUGAUAUGAUCCUAGCUACAGAGAUGACAAAGCACUUUGAGCAUCUCGCUAAAUUCGUCAAUGUUUGCAGUUCACGUGGAGAUGAAUAUUACGUGGAUGGGCCGGACAUGGCGACCCUAUUGCAGCCGGAGAAUGUCACUCUCAUAAAAAUCAUGAUGAUCAAGUGCGCCGAUGUAUCCAAUCCCACAAGACCUUUGAGGUGUUGCAUCGAGUGGGCCAAGAGAAUUGCUGAAGAGUACUUCAAUCAGACUGACGAGGAGAAGAGGAAACGGAUGACAGUGGUAAUGCCCAUGUUCGACCGCAACACUUGCUCCAUUCCAAAAUCACAAAUUGGAUUCGUCGAUUAUAUAAUCACUGAUAUGAUCGAGGCAUGGGAUGCUUUCAUAGAUAUGCCGGAGAUGGUAACGCAUAUGCGUCAGAAUUACGAGGUGUGGAAAGAAUAUCAUGAGAAGGGAAUAUCGACGCUGAGUGAUAUCGAAAGGCUGCAAACAUCCCCCGAAUUGAAGAUCCCAUGUUUACGCGAUCCGCGGUGAUGAUUCAUUUAUGUGAUCUACAAUGAAACAUGAACGAAAAUUUCUACUCCCCUCCCUUUUCUUGUAAAUUAUUUCUCUGAAUAAAACGUUGAUUUUAUUCUGAU